AUGACGGCGCAGCAGACGCUUAUGUAUGGGCUGAGCCUCUCGCCUAUCCUCGCCGAUUUCCAAAAGAUGCCCAUGAUGCUAGGUUUCCCUGUCCGUCAGCACAGCCGUCACCCUCUCCUCGCGACCGCCGCCGCCGCCGCCGCCGCCGCGCGCCCCCUCCGACGGCCAGAGACGUACCCGCCGUGGGCGAUCGCGGGAGCAAAGAUUCCCCGAGCCGGCCGCAGCCUCGCCGCCGCGCAGCCGCCGUCCCCCACCGCCGCCGCCAAGGCCUGCAGCUGCAGGUACCUGCGCCGUCGCCUGUCCGUCGCCCGAUCCCAGGUAUCGCCGCCCAAGACUCACCCUGCCUCGCCGCUGCUUCACACCGCCACGACACCGCCAAACCCAGCAUCGUCCGUCCAGUCCGCCUGCUCUUCGUCUUCUGCGUCGACGAGGCUGGCCUCGCUUCAUCUCCCUCUUCGCCGUCGCGCACACCUCCAUGCACCCGCCUCGGCCCAUGCCAGCCUAGGCUUUACUCAUCCAUCCUCGACCUCGACUCCCACCGCCGUCACCCAGACUCGACACCCCGUCACCCGCAUCCCGCAUCCCGCAUUCCGCAUCCCUUCACCGUCUCGCCAUCAUGGAGCCUCGAGCGCGAGCCGGCAAGAAUGUCGGCAAGAUGAACUUUUCUCACAACGAGCGUGCGUCGGUGCCCCCUCGCCACCCUCCCCUCCGACGCUGACCUGGCCCUCCUCCCGCCUCGCAGUGGCCCAGCUCCUCUUCGCCCACGGCGACGUCAAGAACCCGCUCCCGGAAACGGUCCGCGUCCUCGACGAGAUCCUCACCGACUUCAUGCAAGCCAUCGCCUUCGAGGCCACCCGCGCCGCCCACUACUCGGGUCGCCAGAAGAUCAAGUACGAGGACUUUGAGUUUUCCUUCCGCAAGAACCCCGCCUUCCUCGGCAAGGUCCAGGAGGUCUUUGAGAAGCAAAAGGAGAUCAAAAAGGCGCGCGAGAUCCUCCGCGAGACCGACGACGACAUCAUCAAGGACGCCGCCGACGAGGAGAAGAAGAGGGCCAAGGAGGCGGAGAGGCAUGCGGCGUCGACGCCCGCCGCCCGCGCCGCCGCCGCCGCCAGGAGGGUCGAGGAGGAGCUCGGAGAGGCCGACGAUGAUGCCGAGGCCGAGGCGGAUGCCCUCGGGAAGAAAAGGUGA